AGGGGGUUUAGAGGAAAAAGCAAGUGGCAGCUCUGGAUUGGGUUUGUGUUUACCUAUUUCUCCUUCAUCUUCUUCAAAACCUUAACUCCUCUCUCAACCUUUCCUUCUUUCUUCUUCAACUUCUGCAAUCUCUACUCCCAUUUUCCAUUUUCUCCCAUGAAAAUUUAUCCAUAAAGUUUCAUUCUUUCUAUCCAAAACACCCCAAACAAAGAAAAAUCAAGAAUGUCUCUACCAGUAUUCCAAACUGCACAAAUCAAGCCUAUCAAUACCCAAAUCAUUCCUUACUCAAAACCCUUGUUUCCCCCUUUGCUCUGUAGCCAAAUUAGAGUCUAUAAAGUUUGUAAAAUCAAGGCUACAUCGUCGCCGGCAGUCGAUGGAGACCCAGUUUCUGGUUUGGAACGUUGCUUUCAAGGGUCACCUGCGCUUGAUCAUCCGACGUCUUCGUCAUCCUCUACGGUCAUGUUUGCGCCAGUGAUGAAGGGAGGAAAAUAUGGUGCGCUUGGUUCGGUUACUUUGGAAAAAGGGAAGCUUGAUUUGUCAUCGAAGCAGCAGACCAGCUCUACUCCUGAGCUUUCAACUGGCGGAGGAGGUGGAAAUAUGGGGAAAAAUCUAAAUCAUGGCGGUGGUGAUGGAGGUGAUGAUGAUGGUGAUGAUGACGAUUACUUUGAUGAUUUCGAUGAUGGUGAUGAAGGAGAUGAGGGUGGGCUCUUUAGGAGACGAAUGCUACUGCAGGAAUUGUUUGAUCGUAAAUUUGUUGACGCCGUGCUGAAUGAGUGGCAGAAGACAAUGCUGGAUUUGCCACCUGGACUUCGGCAAGCCUAUGAAAUGGGAUUAGUCAGUUCUGCUCAAUUGGUGAACUUUCUUGCCUACAAUGCCAGGCCUACCGUGGCUAGAUUUAUUUCUCGGUUACUUCCUGAAGGAUUAUGUAGGGCGUUCAAUGGCAGGAAGAUAGCAGAUCCAGCUUUUUUGAGCAAGCUGCUUCUGGAUCAGGCACUUACAAUUGGUUGCUCAGUGUGGUGGGAGGUAAAAAACCGUAAAGAAAGGAUUAAGCAGGAGUGGGAUCUUGCCCUUCUUAACGUCCUAACUGCAAUGGCUUGCAAUGCUGCUGUGUUUUGGACGCUUGCUCCUUGUCAAUCCUAUGGGAAUACUUUCCGCUUCGAUUUGCAGAACACUUUACAGAAGCUGCCGAACAAUAUCUUUGAGAAGAGUUACCCUUUAAGAGAAUUUGACUUGCAGAAGAGAAUUCAUUCCUUUUUCUAUAAGGCUGCAGAGUUGUGUAUGAUUGGCCUCAGUGCAGGAGCUGUGCAGGGUGCUCUUUCAAAUCUUCUUGCCAAUAAAAAGGAGGGAAGGUUAUCAGUGUCUAUCCCAUCUGUGAGUAGUAAUGCACUUGGUUAUGGGGCCUUCCUUGGUGUAUAUGCAAACCUGCGUUAUCAGCUGUUGAAUGGAUUUGACAGAGCUGUUUUUAACUACUUUGAUGUUAUUGGGGUGGCUCUCGUCUUCAGCACUGCCAUGAGAGUGUUGAAUGUUCAAGUAGGAGAGACAUCAAGAUUAGCUUGGCUUGGUGUGGAGGUGGAUCCACUGGCUCAUUCAGAUGAUGUCUUGAAGGCAUACAGUAGGCCUACUGAAGGAGGGGUUGAGCAGUCAUCUUCAAAAUGGUUCAUAUCCAAGAAUUCCAUUGUUUCCGGGCUUGGGCUUUUGGGUAUCAAACAAGGUCAGAGUGGCUCAACGACUGAGGGUGAAACAUCAGCUCCUAAGGCUCGAAGAAAAAGAAUAGUCAGGAAAAAGGUAGCAAGCUGAGCCUAUGUAGUUGAUAAUAGUACUAUUUACUGCUCAAUUUUUGCAAACCCAAGCCUUGGAUGAGGAGUUUUGGUGUAAAGCACCAAUUGGCAAGUAAAGAAAGCUGAGAUGCAGGUUUGAAUCAUGAUCAUUGGAUCCACUACAUGAGGAGGUGAUUCUACUUUGGAUGCUGCCGAAGCUGCUUCUCGGUUUUUCUCCUCAUUCCUUAGUGGAUUUUAGUAAAAUGAGUAUAAAGAUCUAAAAUUUGAAGUUUGCAGUGGCUAGGUGGUUGUAGGUACAUUGCUGAUCAAUCUUGUUAUCUUCAUAUGCUUGUAGUUUCAUGGCUACUCUUUAUCUUUUAACUGUUUUUCUUUGGCAUCCUAUGAGGAUCAUGUUUUCUUUUAUUGUUGAGCAGGGAUCAACUUGCCUGAGUAUUGAUCUAGGGGAUAAGAACUUAGGUCAUUUUCUGUUUAUGCUUUUCCUAUUCCAACCAUGUACAAUUUCCACAGCAGGAGUGAAUUGGUAACUCUAUCUAUCUAUGUUCAUAAAAGUGUGCAACUGCCAAGAAGUUGGUAUUUAUUGUUAUUAUUAUUCUGUUUAAUAUUCAAAUAAACAGCCUUCAUUUUUUUUCCA